AUGCAGCGAUACUCAUCGCAAGCCCAUUUCACCGGACAUAUUAACAAGUUGGAAAAAGGAUGGACAGCUGGCCCAACGUACAAAGUAAAUGGAGAGAUACCACUUGUAAUUUAUACGUCAAAUUGUUCCAAACUUCGAGUCGCCGUUGCCGAAACACCGGGACCUCUGGUUAAAGGUCUUAUCUCCUUUGUGACAGAAACACUGGAUAACGAUGGUUUGCCUCAUACCUUGGAACAUCUUACUUUUAUGGGUAGUAAAAAAUAUCCAUACAAAGGUAUUCUGGAUUUGAUUGCCAAUCGAUGUAUGGCAUCAGGGACCAAUGCAUUUACUAGUCAAGAUCAUACCGCUUACGAAUUGAUUACUGUUGGCAGCCAUGGAUUCCUAAAGGUUUUGCCUAUUUACUUAGAUCAUCUGCUGUCGCCAACGUUAACGGAUGCUCAGUUCAUGACUGAAGUUCAUCAUAUCAAUGGUAGAGGCGAAGACGCAGGAGUUAUCUACAGUGAAAUGCAAGAGCACGAAUCAGAAAUGAAUAACAUUGUGAAUUGGAAACGAAAGGAGCUGUUUUAUCCUGAGUACAAUCCAUAUCGUGUGGAAACGGGUGGACGUUUGGCUGCUUUACGUACAACAUGUAGUGUGGAAAAGAUAAGGCGGUAUCACCAUGAUUUUUAUCACAUUAGCAAUAUGCUUGUGACUGUUUGUGGAUCUGUUGACCAUUCGAAAUUGCUGGACAUUUUAUCAUCAGUCGAGGAAACAUCACAGCAGCAAGUACCACAUCUAUUCAACAGGCCGUUCAAGAAUCCCAUGCUGACGUUCGCUGAACCCCAGGAUAAACAGAUUGUUUGUCCAAGUGAAGAUGAAAAACUGGGUAUGGUGGAGAUUGCUUGGAUAGGUCCUUCCGAUAAUUACCGAGAUUUACUACGACUCAGAGUACUCGCACAUUAUUUGGCUGACACUGCUGCUUCUCCAUUAGAACAGGAUUUUGUACAAUUGGAUGAGCAGCUGGCAAGUUUGGUGCACUUAUACAUACGUGAGCAGUGCAUUAGUGAAAUAGUGUUACGCUUCAGUGGGGUGCCUAUUAAUGAACUGCAAAACAUCAAAACAAGAUUUUUCGAGAAAACUUUACCACAAACGUUUGAAAACAGUUUCGACUCGGAACGGAUGACGAAUAUGAUUACACACAUAAUUGACAGAAAGAUUUCAAGGAUGGAAACAGACUGCCAUAAUUUUGUUUUCGAAGCAAUGUGCAUGCAUCAGAUUUACGGAAAAUAUGAAGAACUUCCAAUGAGAUUAGAUCAUGUUACGGAGUUGCGAAAGAUGUUGUCGCUGCAACCUGAAGAUUGGAUCACACUAGCCCGUCGGUAUCUGAUAAACAAAUGUGUUUGUGUAAUGGGUUUUCCUUCUCGAGAUGAAGUCAGAAAAAUUGCUACAACGGAAAAAAACCGAAUUGAGAAGCAACGUAAAAAAUUAGGGAAAGAUGGACUCCGGCGAUGUGCUCAAAAAUUAGAAAAAGCGAUAUGUGAAACAACGGUUCAAAAGCCAUCACCUGAAUUACUUUCCGAAAUGAUGAUACAUGAGCUAGAGAAUUUUACAACGUUUAAUGUGCAAACAUUGCAUGCGCGGACGGGUCAGAAUGAUGUUGAAAUAUUUAAGUUACCAUUGCCAAUCUACAUACAUAACGUUGAGACGCAUUUUGUGAAACUUAUAUUGGUUUGGGAUACAAAGCUUAUACCGUUAGAAUUGCGAUUCUGGAUGAUGCUUUACUUUGAAUUGAUGUUUCAGAGCCCGGCUUUUGUGGAUGGUAGAAAAUUAUCGUAUGAGGAAAUAGCAAAAUUGUACACUCGGGAUUUGAUAUCAUAUUGCGGAGCUAUCGGUAUUUUGAAUCACUUUGAGCGAUUUUGUUCACUUACCUUAAAAGCUGUUCCCGAACGAUAUGUGACUAUGUUGUCAUGGCUUACGACUUUUGUUAAAGGGAUUACUUUUGAAGCAGAACGUGCUAAAGUAGCUGUUCAAAGCUUGAUAGGUCAAACUGAUGAAGAAAAGCGAGAUGGGUGUGAAAUGCGAAAUGUGCUUCUUCAUAGCGCCAUAUUUCAUAAAGAAAGCAAUGAUUACGUGUGUGGUCUAGUCCAGUUAGAGGAGUUCCAUAAAAAUGUGCUCAUGCUAACUAAAAAAAACCCCGCCUACGUUGUCAGUAAACUGGAGAAACUGCGUGAAGCACUAAUAAAUGCUCCGAUAAAUUUGCACAUUAUUUGCAACACGGAGAAAAUUAUGCCCUUCCUACCAACUAAUCUUUCAUGGCUUUAUCGUGACCGUAAAUCUACAUGUGAGCUUCCCAAGAAUUUCCGAAAUUUGCCUGGAGAAACGGUAAUACACGAUAAUUUUGGAAAGCAACGUGUCAUUGCUGUUGGUGCCACUGAAUCAUCUUUUCUAAAACAGUCCAUACCGUUCAAGUAUCAACUGGGUACUAAAGAAGGAUUGGCUGUAGAACUUAUUGCUCAGUAUUUAUCACAAAUGGAGGGUACCUUAUUUAAAGCGAUACGUGGAAAUGGUUUAGCGUAUGGCGUGGGCAUUGAGGUAGAUCCGGAUAACCAGCUGCUCAGUUUUGGUAUCUAUCGAAGUGCUCAACUCGAGCAAGCUUAUGAAAAGGCCAAGGAAGUUGUGUUCAAUGAAUUGGAGCAUGUAGAUGAAAAUGAGUUUGAAGCAGCGAAGCGAAGUCUUAUAUCAGAGAUAAUACAAGACGAAGAUACAGUCAUUAAUGCUGCGCAUCGGGCUGUUUUCAAUGAAUUUCGAGAAUUACCACAUCAAUUUUGGCGGGAGUACAUCGACCGUAUCUGGAAUGCAUCAAUGAGAGAAGUGGUGGAAUGUAGUAAAAAUUUUAUCCUUGAUGUUUUCGACGAUAAGAAAUGCUGCCGUGCAAUAGCUGUGCCACACGGGAAAUUGGAAGACAUUGAAAAACAUUUUAAAGGAAUUGAAGUUGUCUGCUUUCCAGAUCUGUAUGUAAAAACCACUUAG